AAAGGUAAAAACGCAAUGAUGUGUCUGCUCUGCUGUUAUGAUAGGAAAGUCAAAGCUGACUGUUUCCAGACCAAAAACGCUGAUGAGGGGCCCUGCGUGGCGGUGAAAAUCGAACACUCCAGAGCUCUAGGCACUAGCCCAGCGGGCAAACAGAGCAACUCACCCAGUGUUCAGGCGUGCCUGAGUCGGGCGGGGGGGGGAACACCUGACUGGAGCAGGAGAGGAGUCAAUGGAAGAAGCACCAGCUUCAGGCCUCGGCUGUCGUCUAAACCACAAGUGCCUCCAAAGCCAGCACAUCUCCAGAGCCCGGUGACGGAGCUCACAUCGCCACUAGGCCGCGCACAGAGACCAUCACUAAAACAGAGGAUGGAUGAGGGAGGAGGAGGAGGGAGAGGGGCUGUAAAACACUCCAAGGUGUCAGACCUCAUCAGCCGCUUUGAGGAGAACAACGGCACAGAGACCAAGAGAGACGGCUUGCCGAUCAAACAGAUCAGCAAGUCGACCAACAGCAGCCCGGCUCACCGCGCCUACCCAAAGAAGACGGAGACGGACGGGCUUCAGGGGAACCACUCCUCCAAACCGGCCUCUCCUGAGGAUGAACACAAACCGGCAGCCAACGGGGUGCUAGCUCAGAUGGAGAGGCACAAGGACAAGGAGGACAGCCAGGAAGAGAACAGUGACAGUGUGAGGACAGAAACCACGGGGCUGGUAAACGGAGACAUGGGAAGCAGUGAACAGAGUGAGGGCUCUCACCUCCACACACAGGACAGGACUGUGACAGAAAAUGAGAAUAAGGACAGUGGGACCGAAACCGAGCACAAGAACGAAGAAGGGGGCACGAGCAGAAGGAAGUUACUUGUGGAAAGAAAAGAGACAAAUGAACAGAAGCUGUUUAAGAUCGCCAGCGAGCUCCUGCACACAGAGAAGGCCUACGUAGCGCGACUGAACCUGCUGGACCAGGUAUUCUGUGCUAAGCUGAUGGAGGAGGCGAACAAAGGAACGUUCCCUGUGGACGUGGUGAAGAACAUCUUCUCCAACAUCGUCUCCAUCCACGCCUUCCACAGCCAGUUCCUGCUUCCAGAUCUGGAGAAGCGCAUGGGGGAAUGGGCGGCCACUCCUCGAAUCGGAGACAUCCUGCUGAAACUCACACCCUUCCUCAAGAUGUACGCAGAGUAUGUGAAGAAUUUCGAGAAAGCCAUGGAGCUGCUGAAAACCUGGACUGAUCGCUCGCCUCAAUUCAAGGGCAUCAUUCAGGAGAUACAGAGUCAGGAGGCGUGUGGCAGCCUGACGCUUCAGCAUCACAUGUUGGAGCCCGUGCAGAGAGUCCCUCGCUACGAGAUGCUGCUAAAAGACUAUCUGAAGAAGCUGCCUCAGGACGACUCCGACCGGCAGGAUUCAGAGAAAUCAAUCGAAAUAAUCGCCACAGCAGCCACUCACUCGAACAGCGCUAUACGGAAAUCUGAGAAUCUGAAGAAACUGAUGGAGAUAUACGAGAUGCUGGGUGAGGAGGAGGACAUUGUAAACCCCUCAAACGAGUUCAUCAAAGAGGGCCACAUCUUGAAGCUGGCGGCCAGGAACACCUCGGCCAUGGAGCGAUACCUCUUCCUGUUCAACGACAUGCUGUUGUACUGCGUGCCUAAAUUCAGUCUGGGAGGCACUAAGUACACGGUGAGGACGCGGAUCGGCAUCGACGGCAUGAAAGUCCUGGAAACACACAACGAGGACUACCCUCACACCUUCCAGGUGUCCGGGAAGGAGAGGAUGCUGGAGCUACAGGCCAGCUCAGAGCAGGACAAGGCAGGCUGGAUUAAGGCUUUCCAGAGGACCAUUGAGAUCUUCCAGCAGAAAAACGAGUCAUUCAAGAAUGCACUGAAAGACGAGGAGGAAGUGUCGAACGCAGAGCUGGGGAAGCGCGCCCCUCGCUGGAUCCGCGACAAUGAAGUGACAAUGUGUAUGAAGUGUCAAGAGCCUUUCAACGCUCUGACGCGGAGGAGGCACCACUGCAGAGCCUGCGGAUACGUGGUGUGCUGGAAAUGUUCCGACAAUAAGUGGGAUCUUGAAUAUGACAACAACAAGACGCACAAAGUCUGCAGGGACUGCUACCGCAUCCUGUCCGGAGAAGGGGUCGCAGAGGGCAAGAAGAAGGGCAUCCUGGAGAUCGAGGCGGCUCAGUUCACAGGCAGCAGCAUCAUGUGUGGCUUCCUACAGUACUGUGAGAAGACCAAAGCUUGGCAGAAAGUGUGGUGCGUCAUCCCCGAGAAGGAGUCACUGGUGCUCUAUCUCUACGGAGCUCCGCAGGACGUGAAGGCCCAGUGCACCAUCCCCCUGCUGGGCUACAAUGUGGACGACAACGCCCGGGCCACAGACCCCCCCGCCGUCUUCCGCCUCACCCAGUCCAAGUCCAUCCACAGCUUUGUCGCUGAAACCGAGGAGCUCAAGCAGCGCUGGCUGAAAGUCAUCCGAGUGGCGGUGAGGGGGGAGGUGCCGGAGUGCCCUCAGACCGACGGGGGCAGCGCCAACGUGACGGACAACAACAACACACAGGAAGCCAGUACUGAUAGCUCAUAGAAGUGUGUUUACUACAAGCUAACUGCUGUGGAGAUGCUACAGAAAGACAGGAUGUGCACUGCAAGCACAAACGAACUCUCUCUAUGCUGUCCUCUAAAGACAACGAGAUAAAUCAGUGCUGGAUAUGCUCCCGUUAUUUCCUGUAUUUGUUCACACUUCUGACUCACUGCUAGAACCGUGCUGGAUUACUAAAGGAUGUUUCUGGUGCAGUCAACACUAGAGCUGUCAGGAUUGAGUGACUUUUCUCCAACAGGCACUAUAAAAGACAGCUCAAACUCAGUCUUCAAAGACUUUCAAUCCGAGUCAGCUCCUCUUGAGCCACCACAGUGGGUUUCCACAGCGCUGUACAGGAAGUGAAUCAAAGCUAAAGGACGUUCCAGACGGUGCUGUGACUCAACUCUGUACCUGUACAGUAUAAAUGUUUUUUUCUGUACAUAAAUCAAUCCCAAAUGUUGUUUUGAUAACAUAGAAAAUGUCUAAGUAUAACAAAGUAUUUACAGUUUUCCACUUUUUCUUUGCUUGAGAAGAUGGAUCCAAAACUGGGAAAAUGGUCUUGUGCUUGGAUAAUGAUGGUCCCAGCUCCCUUUCUCAUCCCUCAGUGAAAAUGAUUCACUUUUAACCAAAACUCUGGUUGCAUGUUGUGUGUUUUCUAUUAAGCUAAAGGAGUAACCAGUCUUAAAUAUAUGGGCAGCCUAACAUAGUAAAAAAACGAAUUCCUACAGUUUUAUAUCGUAAUGGCAAUACGUAUUGGGAUAAUGUAUCUACAUUUUUUUUAUAGAUCAAAUUGACUACCCGUACAAUAAGUCAGUCCUGCUCAUUGGUUUGCAACAUAAAGCAAUUUUUGUACCGCAGCUCGAGUAAUGUUGGAGGACUGCAAGACAGAUUGAAGCAGAGAUACCCCCUAGUAUAAACUAGUCCUACAUUUCCCAUGAUGCAACCCAAUAGACUUCCAUUAGGCCUUACCUGAUUGCUACCAAUGCUUUGUCAGGUAUAAAAAGUCCAAAGCUUAACUCAAGAUUACCCUGAUGAUGUCAUUCUGUCAGUCUUUAUGCCUCUACAGUGAAAGUCUAACACACAACUGUAUUUACAGCUUGAGUAGCAUUAUUCCUGGAAAAAUGUACAAAUAGGUAAUGUAUUUGUAAAUGCAAAUCACCUUUAAAAUGUUUAGCUACUUUGUAAGAAACUAUUUCAUCAGUUCUACGGUCUCACAUUAUGUAUUGUCAUACUUCGCCCAUCCCUAAGGCCUCGACAGUGCUGUUUGAAUUAAAAUGGCCCCCUGCAAUCAUGUGUAAUUAAUAUGGCCCAAAACUGAGGAUGUGAGAGACGGACCGGGAUCAUCACGUUUUUCUAUAAAGAUGCGAACGAGGAACAAUCACAGAUACAGCGAGAAAUGUAAAUGUGUUUUUUAAUGCUGUAAUUAAUUUUAUUAUUUAAAGUAAUUUAUAGAGUAUGACAAGCAUGAUCUGUUAAAAGUAGCACAAAUGUGUACCCUGACUGUCAACUAAGAAGCGCAGUAGGUAGAUCGUAUUUUUUUCUGAGGAGCUUUUUUCAAACUAACAUCAAACCUGGGUUCUUCAGUGUGACAGCGACUCCCCCCGCUCAAUGCAGGUGCUCACCUGAGUCUCCCCCCCCCCGGACUCUCCCCCCUUCAGUAUUCAAAUAAAAAGACAAGAGCACAAGAUU